AUGCGAUUUCACCGCGAGAGGGGGGCAGCCAAUGGCGGCGGCGGGGCCCUUCAGCCCCAAACGGACGAUCGCGUCAAGAGGGCAGGAGGAGAGAUAAGGGAGCAGCGCCACCAACGAGAUAAGCAGCCGAUCGAGGCCAAUGGGAGGCGGCUGAUCGGUAAGUUUAAUGCGCGCGCGCCGUUAUUCAUUCAAAUCAUAAGAGGAGAGAGAAUCGGGGAAGACGAGGACAACGCUUUCGCCGAGAUGGCCACGAGUUCGAUUGGUGCACGGCGACUCCAGAAGGACAAGUACGAAACGGACGAAGGAAGGGAAGUACAGUCGAGUCGAGAGUCCAACGAAAAGAAAGAUACGCUGUGCGGUUGGAUGGAUGACGGUGCCGGUGCCGGUGCCGGUGCCACCCCGAGAGAUCUCCUGCGCUGUGUGUGCACGAAACCUUGUCUCGAAGAAGACGAAGAACAUUCUUCGCUGGCUCCACUCGCUCCAAUGGGGGAGUUACUUAAGUAG